AUGUCCUCACAACCACCACCCCCUCCUCCGGGAUGGGGCCCUCCGCCGCCGCCGCCUCCUCCUCCUUCCUCAUCGCUGCCUCCUCCUCCAUCCGCCCCCGCGCCGCCACCACCUGGAUACCGUCCCCCGACCGAUCCUCAAAUCGCAAAGUUUGCCCAGAAGAAGAAGGAAUGGCUUCGGGAUCAACGCGCCCGCUUUGGCGAGAAGCGGAAGAGCGGGUUUGUCGAGACACAGAAAGCUGACAUGCCACCGGAGCAUCUACGCAAGAUCGUCAAAGACAUCGGUGAUGUGUCGCAGAAGAAGUACACCAGCGACAAGCGAAGCUAUCUAGGAGCUCUCAAGUUCAUGCCGCACGCUGUCCUGAAGCUACUGGAGAACAUGCCCAUGCCCUGGGAGUCAGCGCGCGAGGUCAAGGUUCUGUAUCACGUCAACGGAUGCCUGACCCUCGUCAACGAGAUCCCUCGCGUCAUCGAGCCUGUCUUCUUCGCGCAGUGGGCCAUGAUGUGGACAUUCAUGCGAAAGGAGAAGGCCGACCGAAGGCUGUUCAAGCGUAUGCGCUUCCCACCAUUUGAUGACGAAGAGCCCCCGCUGUCGUGGUCUGAGAACCUCGAAGACGUUGAGCCUGCGGAGCCUAUCCAGAUGGAGCUUAAUGAGGACGAAGACGCAGCAGUUUACGAAUGGUUCUACGAUCACAGGCCGCUCCUUGAUACACCACAUGUCAAUGGCGACAGCUACAAGUCUUGGAACCUCACCCUUCCUCAGAUGGCCACGCUCUUCCGGCUGAGUCGACCCCUCAUUUCAGACGUUGUCGACAAGAACUACUUCUACCUCUUCGACCGCAAGAGUUUCCUGACCGGAAAGGCGCUCAACGUUGCACUACCAGGCGGACCGCGCUUCGAGCCCCUUUACAAGGACAUCGAUCCCAAUGAUGAGGACUUUGGAGAGUUCAACGCCAUCGACCGAAUCAUCUUCCGUAAUCCUGUCAGGACAGAGUUCCGCGUGGCGUAUCCCUAUCUCUACAACUCUCUUCCCCGUAGUGUUCAUCUCGCUUGGCAUUCGUACCCUCAGAUCGUCUUCAAGCGUUCCGACAACCCGGACCUGCCAGCUUUCCACUUCGAUCACAGGAUCAAUCCCAUCUCGUCCCGCGCCGUAGCACCGAAAAACCUCACCAUCAGCCACGAGGACGAGCUCUUCGGCGUCGGCAACAACGAGGAGGACGAGGAUGUGUUUGAGCUGCCAGCCGACGUCGAGCCAUUCUUGAAUGAAGAGGAACUCUUCAAUGACGACACGGCUGCUGCCAUUGAGCUGUGGUGGGCGCCGUUCCCCUUCGAUCGUCGCUCCGGGCGCAUGGUUCGCGCCCAGGAUGUGCCUCUUAUCAAGCAAUGGUACCUCGAACACGCGCCAACGGACAAGCCUCCCGUUAAGGUUCGCGUGUCGUACCAAAAGCUCUUGAAGAACUUCGUUCUCAACGAGGUCCACAAGAAGAAGCCAAAGUCACAGCAGCAACAGAACCUGAUGCGGAGUCUCAGGCAGACCAAGUUCUUCCAGCAGACCACCAUCGACUGGGUCGAAGCCGGCUUGCAGGUCUGCCGACAAGGUUUCAACAUGCUUAAUCUCUUGAUCCACCGCAAGAACCUUACCUACCUUCAUCUCGACUACAACUUCAACCUGAAGCCUGUCAAGACCCUCACAACCAAGGAGCGAAAGAAGUCGCGUUUCGGCAACGCUUUCCACCUGAUGCGUGAGAUCCUGCGUUUGACCAAGCUGAUUGUCGAUGCCCAGGUUCAAUACCGCCUCGGCAACAUCGACCCCUUCCAGCUGGCAGACGGCAUCCUCUAUGCUUUCAACCAUGUGGGUCAGCUAACGGGCAUGUACCGUUACAAGUACAAGUUGAUGCACCAGAUUCGUUCCUGCAAGGAUCUGAAGCAUCUGAUUUACUAUCGCUUCAACUCUGCUCCUGUCGGCAAGGGCCCCGGCUGCGGUUUCUGGGCUCCCGCCUGGCGAGUUUGGCUCUUCUUCAUGAGGGGUAUCAUUCCACUCUUGGAGCGAUGGCUUGGCAACCUUCUGUCUCGUCAGUUCGAGGGCCGCCACAGCAAGGGUGUCGCCAAAACAGUGACGAAGCAGCGUGUCGAGUCUCACUUUGACCUGGAACUUCGCGCUUCGGUCAUGGCGGACUUAAUGGACAUGAUGCCAGAAGGCAUCAAGCAGAACAAGGUCAACACUGUGCUCCAGCAUCUUUCCGAAGCGUGGAGGUGCUGGAAGAGCAACAUUCCUUGGAAGGUGCCUGGCUUGCCAGCGCCCAUUGAAAACAUCAUUCUGCGUUACGUCAAAGCCAAGGCGGAUUGGUGGAUCUCAGUUGCUCACUACAACCGAGAGCGUAUUCGACGUGGUGCGACGGUCGACAAAACUGUGGCCAAAAAGAACGUUGGUCGUUUGACUCGUCUCUGGCUUAAGGCUGAGCAGGAGCGCCAGCACAACCACAUGAAGGACGGUCCUUACGUCUCUUCCGAGGAGGCCGUGGCUAUCUACACCACCACCGUGCACUGGCUCGAGUCGCGAAAAUUUUCUCCCAUACCCUUCCCCAGCGUGUCCUACAAGCAUGACACCAAGAUUCUCAUCCUCGCCCUAGAGCGCCUCCGCGAGGCCUACUCUGUCAAGGGCCGGCUGAACCAGAGCCAGCGUGAGGAGCUGGCCCUGAUCGAGCAGGCUUAUGACAGCCCCGGCACAACCCUCGAACGCAUCAAGCGCUUCCUCCUGACACAGCGUGCCUUCAAGGAGGUAGGCAUCGACAUGAACGACAACUACAGCACAAUCAAUCCUGUAUAUGAUAUCGAGCCCAUUGAGAAGAUCAGCGAUGCCUACCUUGACCAGUAUCUCUGGUACCAGGCUGAUCAACGCCAUCUGUUCCCUGCGUGGAUCAAGCCUUCAGACUCGGAAGUGCCUCCCCUUCUGGUGUACAAGUGGGCACAGGGCAUCAAUAACCUGGACAAGGUUUGGGAAACCGAAAACGGAGAGUGCAACGUCAUGAUCGAGACAGAGUUGUCUAAGGUGUACGACAAAAUGGAACUAACUCUGCUCAACUCACUGUUGAGACUGAUCAUGGACCACAACCUGGCAGACUACAUCACUGCCAAGAACAACGUUCAGCUGACCUAUAAGGACAUGAACCACGUCAACAGCUACGGUAUGAUCCGUGGCUUGCAGUUCUCGGCCUUCGUUUUCCAGUACUACGGUCUCGUCCUGGACCUGCUGCUUCUUGGCCCCCAAAGAGCAAGCGAGAUUGCGGGCCCCCCUCAAAGCCCCAAUGACUUCCUGCAGUUCCGCGACAAGGAGACGGAAACCCGUCACCCAAUUCGUCUCUACACCCGUUAUGUCGACAAGAUCUGGGUGUUCUUGCGUUUCACUGCGGAAGAUUCGCGUGACCUGAUCCAACGUUUCCUCACUGAACAACCCGACCCCAACUUUGAGAAUGUUAUCGGCUUUAAGAGCAAGAAGUGCUGGCCAAGAGAUUCUCGCAUGCGGUUGAUGAGGCACGAUGUCAACCUAGGAAGGGCUGUCUUCUGGGACCUCAAGAACCGCCUCCCGCGAUCCAUCACUACCAUUGAGUGGGAUGACAGCUUCACUAGUGUCUACAGUCGGGAUAACCCCAACCUCCUCUUCUCCAUGUGCGGCUUCGAAGUUCGCAUUCUCCCCAAGAUUCGGAAUCAGAACGAUGAGUUCCCUGUCAAGGACAGCGUGUGGUCGCUUGUCGACAAUACCACGAAGGAGCGAACAGCGCACGCCUUCCUCCAGGUGACUGAAGAUGAUAUCCAGAAGUUCAACAACCGCAUUCGUCAGAUUCUCAUGUCUUCUGGUUCCACUACAUUCACCAAGAUCGCCAACAAGUGGAACACGGCCUUGAUCGCUCUUUUUACCUACUACCGCGAAGCUGCAGUCUCAACCAUUGAGCUACUAGACACCAUUGUUAAGUGUGAGACGAAGAUUCAGACUCGUGUCAAGAUUGGCCUGAAUUCCAAGAUGCCGUCUCGAUUCCCACCUGCGGUGUUCUACACCCCCAAGGAACUGGGUGGUCUGGGAAUGAUCUCUGGUUCUCACAUCCUCAUUCCCGCGAGUGACAAGCGGUGGUCCAAGCAAACGGACACAGGAGUUACGCACUACCGUUCUGGAAUGACACAUGACGAAGAGACUCUCAUUCCCAACAUUUUCCGAUAUAUUAUUCCUUGGGAAGCCGAGUUCAUCGACUCGCAGCGCGUCUGGACCGAAUACUCGCAGAAGCGCAUGGAAGCCAACCAACAGAACCGUCGCCUGACGCUCGAGGACCUCGAGGACAGCUGGGACCGCGGUCUGCCUCGCAUCAACACACUCUUUCAGAAGGAUCGCAGCACGCUGAGCUUUGACAAGGGCUUCCGCGCUCGUGCUGAGUUCAAGAUUUACCAACUCAUGAAGAACAACCCAUUCUGGUGGACGAGUCAGCGUCACGACGGCAAGCUCUGGAACCUCAACGCCUACCGUACUGAUGUCAUCCAAGCACUUGGUGGUGUUGAGACCAUUCUUGAACACACGCUUUUCAAAGCCACGGGAUUCCCGUCCUGGGAAGGCCUCUUCUGGGAGAAGGCGUGCUUGGCCAAGGGAACAAUGCUUCUGCGAUACGACAGCACCAAGGUUGCGGUUGAAGACGUCAAAGAGGGCGACAUGCUGCUGGGACCUGACGGCGGCCCACGACGUGCGUUUAACAUCGUCAGCGGAAACGAUCGUCUUUACCGCAUCAAAGUUGGCGGCAGCAAGGAGGAUCUUGUCGUAACGCCAAACCACAUCCUUGUCCUUCAUCGAGAAAGCUUGGAGGGCAAUGUCCAGGUUUCGGCCACAGAGCGCUAUGAUACAGUUGAAAUGACCGCGACAGAGUUCGCAUCUCUUGAUCCCACCGAACAAGGCAAACAUCGACUUUUUAGAUCCCCUGGGUUCGAGCUGCCCGAGCAAGAAGUACCCGUCGAUCCAUACUUCCUGGGCCUCUGGCUCGGCGAAGGAGACCGAUCUAGCGACACGUCCUACUCCAGUCACGAGGCGGAAGUACGGCAAUUCCUUGUUCGUCAUGCCAGCGAUCUCGAUCUUCACCUUGUAUGGCAUAAUCAACUUGGCCACACUGCUGUGAGCAGAACCCGACCAGCAGAGCCAACGCUUGCUCAGGUGAACAAAGCGGCACAGCCUGAUCAACUUCCUAAGCGCCUCGCCAGGCAGACUAUUAUGAAGCAACGACUGACUGCGGGGUGGACUGUCCAACCUCAUGCUCCCGGCGAGCCUAGAGUUUGGACCGCGCCCCAAGCUGCUCUGCGCGUUGGCAACGACCGAAGGCACGCAUUGGACUCUGUCUCCGGCAGCGAAUUGGACGACGUCGAGUUAGACCUACUUGAGAUUGACGAUGAAGACGCUGAGACGGAGCUUUUAGACGAAGCUCAGUCUGACGACGAAGUACCAUCUGGACAAACCUCGGACAAACAACUCUCGGGGCGCAAGUGCAUCCGCCUUCGCAUGGGCCGUGCUUCUUACGGCGACAUCCAAGAAGAGGAACAGAACCAGCUACUUGAUGAUAUCGUGGAUAGACCCCCUGGCAAGUCUGGUAUCAACACACUUCGCCAUGCCCUCAAUGAGCUUAGGCUACUCUCUCGCGGCGAGACUAGACCCGAAGCUGAUCGCCAGCGAAUCCCCUCCGAAUACAUGCAGAACUCGCGUGCGGUUCGCCUGGCUGUUCUUGCAGGCCUUCUCGAUACGGAUGGCUGGUACGCUUGCUCGGAGAACGUGUUCGGCUUCGCUCAGAGCAAGCGUCAGCACUCUACUCUGUUCUGGGAUGCUGUCGCCCUGGCUCGCUCUCUUGGCUUUAGUGUAUGGACCAAGGAACGCAUGGUGUGGAACUUGGAACGCACAGCUCAGUUCCCUCAGCUCUUUGCUCAGAUCUCUGGAAACCUGACUGAGAUUCCCUGCUUACUCCUGCGCAAGCAAACCUGCGAACGCUUCAUCCCGCAGAUCCAUAGUUUCGCUGUCAAGUCGAUCUCUCUGGAAGCUGAGAAUACGGAAUGGGCAGGGUUCAGAGUCGAUCAAGAUCAGCUCUACUUGCGGCACGAUUACUUCGUUCUCCACAACAGUGGUUUCGAAGAGUCCAUGAAGUUCAAGAAGCUCACGAACGCGCAACGCUCUGGUUUGAACCAGAUCCCGAAUCGUCGCUUCACUCUUUGGUGGUCACCCACGAUCAACCGCGCCAACGUGUAUGUGGGUUUCCAGGUCCAACUUGAUCUGACUGGUAUAUUCUUGCACGGCAAGAUUCCUACUCUCAAGAUCUCGCUGAUCCAGAUCUUCCGUGCCCAUCUGUGGCAAAAGAUUCACGAAUCUGUCGUGAUGGACUUGUGUCAAGUCUUUGACCAGGAGCUCGAGUCCCUUGGUAUCAGCAUGGUUCAGAAAGAGACGAUUCAUCCUCGUAAAUCGUACAAGAUGAACAGCUCUUGCGCCGACAUUCUUCUCUUCGCCAACCACAAGUGGAAUGUUACCAGGCCGUCAAUGCUGUUUGACACCAAGGACGUCAUUGAGCCGACAAGUACAAACAAAUUCUGGGUCGAUGUUCAACUUCGCUACGGCGACUACGACUCACACGACAUUGAACGUUACACACGUGCGAAGUAUCUCGACUACACGACCGACAGCGCGAGUAUUUACCCGUCUGCCACCGGCCUAAUGAUUGGUAUUGAUCUCGCAUACAACCUGUACUCCGCUUAUGGCAUGUACUUCCCCGGUCUCAAGGUACUUAUUCAGCAGGCCAUGGCCAAGGUCAUGAAGGCCAACCCUGCCCUGUAUGUUCUUCGCGAGCGUAUUAGAAAGGGUCUGCAGCUCUACGCUUCGGAAAACACACAGGAGUUCCUAAAUUCGCAGAACUACUCUGAACUCUUCAGCAACCAGACCCAGCUGUUCAUUGACGAUACCAACGUCUACCGUGUGACAAUUCAUAAGACAUUUGAAGGCAACCUGACGACAAAACCGAUCAACGGAGCCAUCUUUAUCUUCAACCCUCGCACCGGUCAGCUCUUCCUCAAGAUCAUUCACACAAGUGUCUGGGCAGGCCAGAAGCGUCUCGGUCAGCUCGCAAAGUGGAAGACUGCCGAAGAAGUUGCAGCCCUGAUCCGCUCCCUGCCCGUGGAGGAACAACCGAAGCAGCUGAUUGUCACCCGCAAGGGCCUCCUUGACCCUCUUGAGGUUCAUCUCCUCGACUUCCCCAACAUCUCCAUUCGCGCCUCCGAGCUGCAACUUCCGUUCCAGGCUGCGAUGAAGGUUGAGAAGCUGGGUGACAUGAUUCUUCGCGCUACCGAGCCGCAGAUGGUUUUGUUCAAUCUUUAUGACGAGUGGCUCAAGUCUCUUUCUUCAUACACCGCAUUCUCGCGUCUGAUUCUCAUUCUUCGAGCUCUGCACGUCAAUCCCGACAAGACCAAGCUCAUCCUUCGACCCGACAAGACUGUCAUCACACAGGACCACCAUAUUUGGCCCACACUGUCGGACGAAGACUGGGUCAAGGUCGAAGUGCAGCUCCGCGAUCUCAUCCUGAAUGACUACGGAAAGAAGAACAAUGUCAACGUGUCGAGUCUGACCAGCAGCGAAGUUCGCGACAUUAUUCUCGGCAUGGAGAUCUCGGCGCCCUCGAUGCAGAGGCAGCAGGCUGCGGAGAUUGAGAAGCAGCAGCAGGAACAGCAGCAACUGACCGCUGUAACGACCAAGACACAGAACGUGCACGGCGAGGAGCUCGUCGUGACCACGACGUCUCAGUUCGAGCAGCAGACUUUCGCCUCCAAGACGGAAUGGAGAACUCGCGCGAUUGCCACGUCCAACCUACGUACCAAGUCGAACAAUAUCUACGUCUCCUCCGUGGACAAUGACUCGGACGAUAUUACCUACGUCAUGCCCAACAACAUUCUCAAGCGAUUCAUCACCAUUGCCGAUCUUCGCGUUCAGGUCGCCGGUUAUCUUUACGGAACAUCUGUUCCCGACAACGAUCAAGUCAAGGAGAUCAAGUGCAUCGUCAUGAUCCCCCAGAUCGGCGGUCUCCGCAACGUGCAGCUCCCCCAGCAGCUGCCGCAGCACGAGUACCUCGAGAACAUGGAGCCGCUCGGCGUCAUCCACACCAUGUCCGGCUCGGAGCUGCCGUACAUGUCGGCCAUGGAUGUCACCGAGCACGCCAAACUGCUCGACACGCAUUCGACCUGGGACAAGAACGACACCGUCACUGUUGCUGUCGCCUUCACGCCCGGCUCGGUCUCGCUCUCGGCCUGGGGUCUCACGCCGCAGGGCUACAAGUGGGGCGCCGAGAAUAAGGACCUCGGAAGCGACCAGCCGCAGGGCUUCACAACGAGCAUGGGCACUAAGCGCAAGCUGCUCCUCAGUCCCCGUUUCCGCGGCUUCUUCCUCGUGCCGGAGACGGGCAAGUGGAACUACAGCUUCAUGGGCAGCGCCUUUGCGGGCAUGGAAAAGAAGCCCGUGCACGUCAAGCUCGACACGCCGCUGCCGUUCUACAGCGACCAGCACCGUCCCAUCCACUUCCACAGCUUCGCCGAGCUGGAGGACAUCUGGGUGGACCGACAGGACAACUUUGCGUAA